UCAUCAUCCAAGCUCUAGGUACGCAAGAAAACUGGAUUGAUAACAAUUUGUUUCAACUAGCGACGACAAACUCGCACCUGCCCGUAGACUCUUCCCCAGCCCAGUUCAAGAUGCCGGUCGUCAAGGGAGGAGUUUGGACCAACGCUGAGGAUGAGAUCCUCAAGGCCUCCGUGUCCAAGUAUGGAUUGCAUCAAUGGGCCCGCGUGUCGUCGCUGCUGCAGCGCAAGACACCGAAGCAAUGCAAGGCCCGAUGGAACGAGUGGCUUGACCCGAGCAUCAAGAAGAUAGAGUGGAGCAAGGAGGAGGACGAGAAGCUUUUGCACCUGGCCAAGUUGAUGCCCACCCAAUGGCGUACCAUCGCCCCUCUGGUCGGUCGCACCGCAAACCAGUGUCUCGAGCGCUAUCAAAAACUGCUCGACGAAGCUGAGCAGCGCGAAGCCGGGUCGCUCGGUCUGGCCGGCCCAGACGGCGGCGAAACACAAGCACCCACCGCCGACGACGUCCGGAAGUUGCGUCCUGGCGAAGUCGACCCUACACCCGAGAGCAAGCCCGCCAAGCCUGAUACAAUCGAUCUCGACGAGGAUGAGAAGGAGAUGCUCAGCGAGGCCCGAGCCCGUCUCGCAAACACACAGGGAAAGAAGGCCAAGAGGAAGGCUAGAGAACGCCAGCAAGAGGAGUCGAGGCGUUUGGCAACACUACAGAAGCGCCGCGAGCUGAAGACAGCCGGCAUCAACAUCAAGGUCGUCACCCGAAAGAAGGGUCAGAUGGACUAUAAUGCCGACAUCCCAUUCGAGAAGGCACCUGCGGUUGGUUUCUACGACACCACCCAAGAACAGAACUUGAACGAGAGGGAACGUGCAGCUUUUGACCCUCGAAAGCAGCAGCUUGCCAACAAGCGCAAAGGCGAACAGGACGAAGAUGGCGACAGGAAGAAGCGCAAGAACGAUAAGGAUGGUAGCUCGGCAUCUAUGCAGGCUGCUCUGAAGGCUGGCCGGGAGCAGAAGAUCCGCGAGGCAGAGCAAGCCAGCAAAAGACGGCCCAUGAAUCUCCCAGCAGCUCAGGUCGGCGAAGGCGAGCUCGAGGAAAUUGUCAAAAUGGGCAGGAUGGGUGAGCGCGCCACCUUGCUUGCGCAGGCCAGUGAAAACGAUGCGACGAGGGGACUCGUCAACCAAUAUUCAAACAUACCUUCUCAAACGCCUAUCCGAACACCCAUGGCACCAGCACAGGAAGACCACAUCGCAAACGAAAUCCGAAACAUAAAGGCCCUGACGAACAACCAGUCAGCACUUUUGGGAGGAGAGAAUGCCGACUUGCAAGAAGGUUCUGCUUCAACUGGCUUUGAUGGAGUCACUCCUCGUAGACAAGUCGUCUCAACUCCUAACCCACUGGCAACACCUCUUCGGAAUGGAGCGGCUGGCAUCGGCGCCACGCCAGGGAGAGUCGGCCAGACACCUUUAAGAACACCACGGGAUGGUUUGGCUUUGAAUGCGAAUGGAGACAUGUCAUUGAUACCUGGAUCAGAAAAGGGGAUGCAAAUGCGACUCAGGCAAGGUCUUUCAUCGCUACCCAAGCCCAAGGAAAGCGAUUGGGAGCUCGAGGCCCCCGAGGAUGAAAUGGAAGUAGUGGUUGCAGAGGAACUUGAGGAAGACGCGGAAGAGAGGGAUCGUCGCGAGAGGGCGAUUCGCGAAGCUCAAGAGGCUCUGGAGCGCAAGCGUCGGACACAAGUUAUGCAGAAAGAACUACCGCGGCCAGAUGCUGUGGAUAUAGAUGCAUUGCUGAGAGAAGCUGCUGCAGUAGAGGAUCCGAUCGAAGCGCUGAUUGCUAGAGAGGCAGCUCUUCUUAUCGCGAACGAUGCGGUGAAGUAUCCAGUUCCCGGGCUGAGGCUAAGAGGCAAGCCUGUUCGACUUGCCCAACUGGAUGAUGCUGCUUUGGCGGAAGCCCGUCUCCAGCUGCUCGUGGAAGUCAAGGAUAAGCCUAAGCCAGAUGAUGUCGCGGCUGUCUUCGAACGCGAGAAUAGUAACGCCAUACUUCUCGGCCUCGGCUGCUAUGCGGAUGACGAAGAGGAAGAACAGGCUACUGCUAUGCAAAACGCAUUCGAGUCUGUGCAAGCUUCCACCAUGUCAACUGUUGAGAAAUGUGCCAAGCUCGAAAAGAGACUAACAGUGCACUUGGGAGGAUACCAAAACAGGGCGAAGAUCUUACGAAACAAAACGGGCGAAGCUGCGGAAGCACUAGAUAAAGCCAGAGCCGCGUUGAGUGGGUUCCAAGCUUUGAGCAUCUCGGAAGAGAUUGCUGUCAAGAGCCGCCUAACAGCUCUACGGGAAGAAGUCGCAUUUGUCAGCAGAAGGGAACGUGAGGCCCAAGACAUGUACAAAGAAACUAGGGAGGAGCUCGACACAGUUAGCGGAGUCAACGGAUAUCAUUGAGCUUAAGUAUAAUAUUCGUGUUGAUAGAGAUGGCAGCCAUGUAUUCUUAUGGAAAAAUUGUAUACCAAAUAGGCCGAUACCAAUGAAGCGGAUUAAUGAUCA